AUGGCAGAUGGUCAGAUGCCCUUCCCCUGCCACUACCCCAGCCGCCUGCGCCGAGACCCUUUCCGAGACUCGCCGCUCUCCUCCCGCCUGCUGGACGAUGGCUUUGGCAUGGACCCCUUCCCCGACGACUUGACUGCCUCUUGGCCCGACUGGGCCCUGCCUCGGCUCUCCUCGCCCUGGCCGGGACCCCUGAGGCCGGGCACGGUGCCCCGGGUGCCGACUGCCACGGGCAGGUUUGGGGUACCUGCUGACGGCAGGAGCCCCCCACCCUUCCCUGGGGAGCCCUGGAAAGUGUGUGUCAACGUGCACAGCUUCAAGCCGGAGGAGCUGAUGGUGAAGACCAAGGACAGAUACGUGGAGGUGUCUGGCAAACAUGAAGAGAAGCAGCAUGAAGGCGGCAUCGUGUCCAAGAACUUCACAAAGAAAAUCCAGCUUCCUGCAGAGGUGGAUCCUGCAACAGUAUUUGCCUCGCUUUCCCCAGAGGGCCUGUUGAUCAUCGAAGCUCCACAGGUGCCCCCUUACUCACCGUUUGGAGAGAGCAGCUUCAACAACGAGCUUCCCCAAGACGGCCAGGAGGUCACCUGUACUUGAGACCCCAGUCUUGGCCCAUCCUUGUCACCCCCACCCCAACCCCCAGGGCUUCUCUGAUUCCAGGGUACAUUAUAUAUUACUUUAGCUGAACUCAUAGAUUUAGUCCAACUAAAAUGUUGGGGG